AUGGCUGGAAACCCACUCAAAGUUUUGGUCACUGGUGCUGCUGGCUUUGUUUUGGUAUCUUUUGUGCCUUGUUCUGGAGGUGAAAAAUCUGCUGUUUUUGCCUGUUCUAGAGAGAUGGAUCAUGCUGUAUUGCUUCAAAAAAUUCUUGUUGUUUCAUUCAUUGUUGCUCUUUUUUGGAAGAUAAUUAGAUAUAUGUGCAAUCUCCUUGAUGUAGAAAAAGAACCUGUGAGAGUUCUUGUAACUGGUGCUGCAGGCAAGGCUCAAAUAUUGCAUAUUUCAUUUGGAUUUUCUUUUAUUCACUAG